CCCUGCCUCUCUCGGGUGUCCUGGCGGCGUUGAUUGCCAAUACCUAACGCAGUAGAUUUGCGUUAUUAGAACUGGUGUUUUCUGCUUCUCCUCUUCCUCUGACCUGAGGGUUUUCCAGAGCUGCCAACUGAGGGAAGAAGCCUUCCGAGGGUCCGAGGAAAAAGGAGAUUCCACACCAAGAAGUGGACAGCAGGACCAGGCAAGAGGAGCUGCAAGGGAGAAGAUGGCUAAAGAGCAACUUGAACCUUCCAGGAAAAAAAGGGGAACAGAUGGAAGACAGCGGAAGAGAAACCUACAGAGACAAAAGGGUGCCCAAGGAGUCCAGGAACAGCAAAGCACAGAAUCUCCCAAAGCAGAAACAGCAUCCCUGUACACAAAAGUGCUGAAAGUGACACAGCGUCAGAGAGCAAAAUGGCGGCCGCUUCCAAAGAGCAGUAGAGAGCACCUGGAAUCCACAAUGCAUUGGUUAAUAACAUCUCUUCUGUAUAAAACUGCAGAGAACCACACUGAAGCCGAAAAGCAUUUAAACCUUCUCAAGAAAAGACUUCUCAAAAGUUUGGAGAACCUGCAAGUUCCUAUGGAGAAGCAGAGCAGCUUAAAGAAUGCGCAUAGCUUCCUAGCAAAGGAAAAAACAAAGAGUGCUGCCCUUGAAGAUGGUUUGGCAGAACUGCAGGAUGAAAUAGAUAAAGUUGUACAAGCAGCAGAAUUCAGAGAGGAGACUAUUCAGCGUCUCCAGAAAGAAGUACAGGAAUUAAAAUGUGAGCUGGCAGCAGAGGAAGCAACAGCAAGCAAGCUUUUCUAUAAAGAUGGUAACCAUGGUCUUGCUCUUCCUGAUUUCUCGAAAGACAGUCUAAAACUACCUAUUCUUCAGAAUGAGCUUUUGAAAAUUAAAAACCAGCAAGGUCUUCUUAAUGAUUUGAAUACCCUUCAGAAAUCAGAGGAAAUGACAACCAUGUCAGCUUUUCUGGAAGAAGCAUAUGAAAAUGUGGACUCAUUACAAAGUGAAACUGUACGUUGAUUUUGGCUGCUGAAGGACAGAGGCAUCACCUUUAUGUCUUGCCAUUUUCACCUUCCAAGUACAUGCAUAAGGAGGACUCUGGAAGCAAUUACUUGUUUUCACAAAAUGAUUGUGAUGUUUCUUUUGUAAUUAUAUAUCUUUUCAGAUUUUAUCCCUACAUUUUAUUCCAUUGUGUUCUCUAGAGACUCAAAAUGAAUGGAGAUGAGCUAGAACAAGCCGGUCUGUUUCUGAAACCAUAUGUUCUGCUUAGAACUCUUUGGCUAUAUUCCUCUUGUGCAACAGGUUUAUUUGCUGCUGCAGUACACCUCAGCUCUGUUGGCACAAAAAGGUCAUUAGCAUAUAUAUUCCCAUGAAAGAGUAUUUUGUAGUUUUAAACUUAAUUUCCUUGCAUGUUAUUUUUCCAGGAGACCAAAGGAAUUCCACAGUUUAGAUACAGUGCUAAGAACUGUGACUAGCUCCCUGAAGUUGUAUUUGCCUCACUCAAUGUGUCUAGUUGUUUUUUUCUAAAACAGCAGUACUAUUGUUGAAGCAUGGAUAACCCAUGAAGUGGUGGAAAUGAAAUACAAUUCCCAUCUUUCUCCAUCAUUGACCUUUUCCCUCUGAGGACAAUAGGAAAUGUACUUUCAUCUAUUAUCUCAUACAGAAGGAAAUACUCCAACUUUGUUUUUGAAGCUGAAAAAGAGGGAGAGGUAGAAGGAAUGACUGCUUGCUGCCUCCCAGAUAAAUCUCCCUCCUUAAUGAGGGAGGGGUUGGAAGUGUGCAAAAGGAGGUGAGGUGUGGGAACUUGCUUGAGGUGAGCUUUCCUUCCUGCUUUGAUUCUUGCUGAACUACACAUCGAGCAGCAUCUGAACACCGUUUCUCUUCACACACUUAAUACUGAACAUUUGGAUUUUAAUUCACACUUAAGUAGCUCUGAAUUAGUUAGGGUUUUGCCCUGAAUUUUAAAAGUCAGCAAUACAUUUUGAUUCUAAUCCAACAAUAAUUGCCUCUCCUUUUAAAUAACACUAAAUCUGAUGAUUAUUGGAGUGAAUACCUAAAAGUGGGGAAAACCUGAAAUUAAAAGGCUAAUGUAGGAGUUGGAUGCUAUUAUUUACUUAGACUACUAGUUAAUACCAUACCUGGCUCUUUUUAGGUUUAGCAACAGGAUUAGUAUAUUGAUAUAUUUUCUCUGGGUUCUGUAUUCUGGUGCGAAGUGCCAUUCCGUUUUUUUACUACAAAGCAAAACAGGGAUCUUACACAUGAGUGUGUUUGCUCUUUCACAUCUUUUAAAAGAGACGAGGAGAAAAGAAAAACAAGAGUGGAAUUAGAACAGUGACCAACUGUCCUCUGUUUACAUGUUAGGGAUCUUUCUGUGGCUGUUUGCUUUUUAAUGAGGAAAAUAUACUAAUGUCUAUGAUCCCUAAAAGCAUAUUUAUUUUUGCUGAGCCUGGGACCUUAGAAGCUAGAGCAAAGGAGACUUAUUUGGAAGACAUAAAAUAUAACUAUAAAGAUUCCACUCUUCCCACCAGAGGUUUGGUCUACUUUUCAUAGAAUGUGUUCAUCAGUAUAAAAGAUUGCAGUUUCAUACUUCCUGAAUUAGUAGCUUUCAUCAGAUUGUAAAUAGCUAUAUUUUCCUGUGUAUUAUAUUAAAUAAAAUCUGAUUUGUCAUGUA